CAAUCUUACCUUGGUACAAUCUUUGUUUCUGUCGUAGGUGUAAGUAGUAAUUUUAUAUACAAAGUGUGCGGGUUAAAGUAUUUCCGAAGGAAGAGGUAUUUUUACGGCGUCAAAAUUUGUCGAAAAAAAGGAGAGAAGGCAAUGCCUGUGAACCACACCAGUACCACUCCGUUGGAGGAUAUGUCCACGACGAGAGCUGUUAAUGCAAAUAAUCAGUGUUUGAAGGUGUUUAUACAGCGGGAUUAUAACGAAGGAACACUUGUAAAGUUCCAGACACGCUUUCCACAAGAACUUGAAGAUCGGAUUGAUCGACAGGCAUUUGAAUACACGGUUAAUCAGUUGAAUGCCAUAUAUGCUGAAGCUGAGAAAGCUGGAUGCAGUACAUAUUGUAAAGGGUGCAUGGCUUGUCUUACAGCGUACCUUAUUUACAUUUGCACAGAAACACAUUAUGAAAAGUGUCUCCGGAAAGUAGCAAAGUUUAUUGCAGAACAAAAUGAACGUGUUUAUGCUCCACGUGGGCUUCUUAUAACUGAUCCUUCUGAAAGAGGAUUGAGAGUUAUAGAGAUUUCCAUACUGAAUGAGCCAGCAGCGACCAGAACGUGACUUUCCCUUUCGGAGUCAACAGAAGAAUUUUUUAUGUGACUGUUCAUUCUCUUUAAUUGGUGAGCGCAUUGGAAGCUAGUGCAGUGUUUGACUCCGAGGUGUGAUAUUCUGGCACUGGAUAGCAUGCCACAACGUUGUUCCGUUGUGGGUGAUGGUUUUGUUCCUUGAAAGCUUGCUUUAGCUUGGUGCAGAAAGUGAAGCUCAGAUGUGCAUACUUUGCUAAGAAGCUGGUUAUGAGAUUUAAAUUUGCAUCACUGGCAAUUACUCCUAAGUAUAUGCAAAACAUUAUUCUUAUUUGUUAAACUAUGUAAGCAUACAGUUAUCAUUAUUAUACCAUUCUUUUUAUAUUAUUUGUUUAUGUAAAGAUAUUUGUGCAAUAUCUCUGUAGAUAAAAAAUA